AUGGAUUCGUUUUCGACUUGGUUUACAUCGUUUACGUCCUGCUGCGGCCCGCGUGACAAGAAGCCUCGAUUCAGUAUCGAUAGGAACAUCGUCGUCUUGAGGGAUCAGCCUGCCGUCAUCUCGCCGCCCACGGCAGAGCCAUUAUGGAUGAACGGAACGAUAUAUGAGACGCCCCCGCAGAGGGCUCCGGAGCCUGAACUUCCCCGGUUGAGGCGGCCUCGAAGCCGGGACAGCUCGAUAAGAAGGAAUUUGUUCCCAAGUUCGGCGACUUCCGUUCGGCGCCUCCAGAUAUCUGGUCCGACCGAUUUUCGCCAUCUGCAAUCCGAUUCGUUCCAGUUCCCACCAGAACCCUCUCGACCGCGGCCUCGCUCCUUUAGGCCUAUCGAGCUCAGCAUCUACCAGCCCAAUAACCGACUGUCGGAUAUUAUGCCGCAUAUCGACUGCAAUGUCACGCCACCGCCUCGCGCCCACACGGCGAACAGCUCAAAGUGGGACGCCAGCAGCGGCACGACACUCCAUAACGAGCGCAGUUACUCAACCAUGUCAUUCCACAUCCCGCGCAAGCACACACGGCAAUCAUCCGGCAUAUCAGAUGCGAGCAUGAGCCCCCCCAAGAUCCCGCCCAAGUCAAGGGCUCGCGCUUCCACGGCGCCAAACACGGAGCGCAUUGUUGCACGGAUCGCCAGCGCCAUGAUUGAGAAGGACCAACUGCAGGCCAGGAUCAACUUUGUGGUGGAACGUCAGAGCAUGUACUUUGGCAACCGCCCGUCGACGGCGUACGACAUGCGCAACCUCGAGCCAAUGCCAUCGAUUCCCGCCCUGCCGGCGGCCGGGCCCUCCUUUGCCGAGCGCCUCAGCGUCGAUGAUCGCCCUCGCACCGCGCCAUCACACAUGAGCAGCAUGGAAAAAACUCUAGAAUUUGCGGCUGCCGCGGCCCAGGCCAUGCCCCCAGUACCCCAGCAACAACAACAGCCACAACAGGACACAUCCCGCAGCAACACUCUCUUCACCGGCAGCCCCGCUAGCAACACCAGUGACCUCGAGCGGCCACUGGCCCCGCCCCUCCCGCUCGUCCUCCGCCCACCCCUCCGCAAGAAGAAGUCCUUCUCGCGCGUAUCUAACUGGCUCUUCACCCCCGGUGAAGAGGACUCCACAGCAGACAACGACAGCGCCUCGCCCACCAUGAUCUUCGGCACCAGCACCGGCGGUAUCACUUCAAUCACCACCUCGCCGCGACCCAUCAAAGCGUCCGACGGAUUCUACCAGUGUGUCGCGCCACCCGAGGGCCUACCGCGGACGAGCAUGGAGACGUCGUCGUCUGUGUAUACGUGGGAAACUGGUGGUGAUGACGAGGAUGGGCAAAGCGCGAGCGGCAGUGGGAUUGGUAGUGGCAGUGAGACCGAAGCGAGGACUGUGCCGACUACGAAUACCGCUUGGUCGCCUGAGCAGACGCCGAAACAGGGGACUUCGUCGCGACAUACCUCGCCUCCCAUUGGGUAUACCAGGACCGACUUCGACAAAGAGACGGGAGUUGGUAGUGAGGGGAACGGGGUUGGUGGCGGAUUGGGAGUGGUAAUGGGCAGCGCGCCUCGGCCGGUUAGCGUGGGGGUUGCGUUCUGA